GCAAUAUCUUCAACCUCUAAUCCAAAAGUCCGGUGCUUUUUUUUCAUCAAAUAAUAGGCCAUGCCAUUGUUUUUUCUUACAGACACCUCUGCUUCUUCUUCAACAAUGGCGGAACGUCUGAAACUGAGAAGGCCGACCAGAAGCGAAACCAAUCCAGACCCAGUGUCGGAAAUCCCAUCCCUAAUCCACUCCACUCGUCCUAAAUCUACCAACAACGAAAUAAGCAAGAAGAAAGGCAACCCUUUUAGCCAGUCCUCUCUCAGAGGACUCGGCUGCGCCGCAUCUGCGUCGCAGCAGGUUUCGGUGCCCGCCCUGAUACGCUCGUCGGCCGACUGGGAAGCCAAGAAAGUAAAGAAGAAGAAGAAGAAGAGAAGCAAUAAGAUGCACCACCACCAUCAAGGUGUGGUUUUGAAUGAAGGGGGUGGGUACAACAUGAGCUGUGGAGUGGUUCAGGAUGUCUGGUGCGGGCCUGGAAUUGGGCUGUCGGCUGAUGCUGUCGGCUCUGUGGAUCGUGUUGUGGCUAGGAGAAAUGUGCCUGCCAGAGGGAAGAUUGACCUUGAAAAGGUCAACCACAGGGAGCCUUCUUUCAAAGCGAGGCGGCCUGUAAAUCCCGAAACGCUCUCCUCUCUUGAUUCUGGUUCGGCCUUCUUCUCGUCGCGUCCAAAACCCGAUUUCUUUGGAGCUAGAUACUAUCGUCAUGCUCGGCAUCCUUCUCCGGAGGGGCUAGCUGAGAUGAUGGUGCUACAGAACAACUUGAUAAUGGGGGCACGCGAUCGAUUCAGCGACUGGAGGCUUGAUAUCGAUAGCAUGUCGUACGAGCAACUACUGGAGCUCGGCGAUAAAAUCGGUUACGUCAGCACGGGAUUGAAAGAAGACGAGAUGAGCAGAUGCCUGAGAAAGAUGAAGGGGUCGAUUAUGGGAAUCAAGUGCAGCAUUUGCCAGGAGGACGACGACGACGACGGAGAGAUGGGAAAGCUAUGUUGCGGACACAGUUUCCACAUCGGAUGUAUAAAGCAGUGGUUGAUGCACAAAAAUACUUGCCCUGUUUGUAAGACUGAGGCAACGCCUCGAUGCCACUAGCUCUGGAUUUCGCUCCUUGCUGCUAUGGUUUUGUG